AUGAAUGCUGGCCAAAUUCAUUCCCUUAUUCUCUCGGAUGCAUUAAUCAUGCAACCUGCAGGGGGUUUUAGGUAUCACUAUGCACUCCAUACUCUCCCCACUGGAGAGUCUAAAAACCCUGAUACCUCUGAAGCUGAUCGUAGUACCAAAAAAGUCAAAUUAAGAGAUAAGGAAAUGGACCCUGAACCCUACAUUGAUUCACCUCUGCCUGAUAAUGGAUUGAACUACAAGAAAGUGGGCUUUGUAGAUAUGGGAGAGAGGAAGAUGAUGACUGAUUGCCGAGGGAUUUGUCGCUUGUGUUGGGCUGGUUGGUUGGAUGAGACCAUGGAAUUUUUAGAAGAUAUGAUUGAGAAAGGGAUACCACCAAGUGUAGUUGCUUUUAAUUCAAUAACAACGGCUUGUAGCAGGGCUGGCUUAGAAGAUGAAGCCUAUAAACUCACUGCUGAUGGGUUUAUCCAAGUUGAGGAGGCUGCAAGAAGCGAGGGAACUUUUGUACAAGAUGAUAGAAAAAGGCUCACUCCUCGUGGCUCCCCUUUUAUUGUGCUUUACGAAAUAGCAGCAGAGGUGGAGAAUAUAAUGAAACAAGUCAAGGCUCUGUGGGCUGCGUAA